AUGACUAUCUUCUGCCAGUGUCAUUGGCAAAAAAUGGGCGACCACAGUGUGCAAGCAUCCAAGAAUCCAGAUUGGCAAUGCAGCCACAUCCUCGAAGGAUACAAUGGGAUAGUGAGGGCAUUGCUUGUAACAAGCAACUGGCUGGUAUCAGGAUCAGCAGAUGGUAAAAUUCGUGUGUGGAGAUUGGGAUGUUGGGAGUCGCCCCAGUCAGUGCUAGAGGGACAUGCAAGUGAAGUGACAUCAUUGGUAGCAGAAGGCGAAUUUGUUUUCUCUGGGUCAUCAGACAAGACUAUAAGGAUGUGGAAGCUGGGGACCUGGGAGUGCGUGCAUGUUCUAGGAGGGCACGCUCAAAACGUGUGGGCACUGGUAACAUCAAAAGACCACUUGUUUUCGGGUUCUUUUGACCAGAGCAUCCGCAUGUGGAGGGUUGCUGCCUGUAGAUGUGAGCAUGUGCUUGGAGAGCGCAUUGGUCUGGUGUUCUCAUUGGCUGUGAAUGAUCACUUCUUGUUCUCUGGUUCUUUGGAUAGAGCCAUAAGAGUAUGGAGGAAGGAAGAUGGGGAGCUCCAGCACGUGGUUCAAGCGCAUUCCAGUGGUGUGUGGUCGCUGGUGGUCUAUAAGAACUUUUUGAUUUCGGGAGCUGCCGAGGGAGACAUACGCGUUUGGAGCCUGGGCUCAUGGGUUUGUGUCAAAGAGCUGAGAGGGCACACUCAUUGUGUGGCAUCAUUGGCAGUCAGGGGUGACUUGUUAUUUUCGGCAUCAGCUGAUGAGAGUGUUCGUGUGUGGAGGCUUGGCACUUGGGAGUGUAUCCGAAUCCUGCAAGGGCACACAGGUUUCGUGAAUGCAGUGGCAGCCACUGACAAAUGGCUUUUUUCAGGGGCCAACGACCAAACAAUUCGAGUGUGGAACAUUGCUGUUUGA